AUGCACAUCGCUCGCCAGAAGCCCUUUCGGCGUCGGCGCUCCCAGAUUAGGGUUUCGACCCAUCACAUUUAUAAGCAAGACUGUGCUGAACCAAGACCUGGGAGAGAAGAUGCCACUGUGAAUCAACUUUUCAUAGCAGGUGAGAACAGUUGGGAUUAUAACCUUCUUGCUAAUCUUUUCAAUGAGGUAGAUCGUGGCCAGAUCACAAAAAUCCCCUUAACAAAACAUGGGAGGGAAGAUCGAAUGUACUGGAUUCAUGACAAAAAGGGUGUUUACACAGUCAGAAGUGGAUAUAUGUUGCUAAUGGGGAAUUCUUUCAUACAUUCUCAUACUGCCAUAGAGAGCUUUUGGAAUAAAUUUUGGAGAUAUAAAAUUCCAGCGAAGGUUCGAAAUUUACUCUGGAGGGCAUUACAAAAUGUUCUUCCAACAGUUGAUCAGCUGAGGGCUAAAAGAGUCAAUAUUGAGAGUCAUUGCCCGGCUUGUUUGAUGCAUGAAGAAUAUGUUCUCCAUGUUUUUGUCUCUUGUGAAUUUGCCCAAAACGUUUGGGAGGCCGUUGGAGUAGCCGAUUCAUCUCUAUUGGUUGCAAAUAAUUUGCCCAAAAGAAUGGCUCUUAGAUAUCCUUAA